AUGAGUUCAAAGGAGGUUCUUUUAGAACUUAAUAAUCCAGUAGCCACAAUAUCAUUAAAUAGACCAAAACAUGGUAAUUCAUUAACAAUUUCAAUGAUAAACGAAUUCCUUUCAAUUUUUCAAGAGUUAGAAACCAAUCCUUUAAUUAGCAUAAUAGUUAUAACAGGAAAAGGGAAAUAUUUUUGUACAGGAAUGGAUUUACAACAAACAGAAUCCAGUUCUAACAACAAGGAUGAAAUUGAUUCAAUAGAAAGAUCCUAUGAAAUAGGGACGUUAUUUUAUGAAACAAUAAAAUCAUCAACUAAAACCGUCAUAUCCAAAAUAAAUGGACCAGCAUUAGGAGGUGGUAUAGGAUUGGUGUUUGUGACAGAUAUAAGGAUAUGUAAUGAAGAUAAAGUAUAUUUUUGUUUUAGCGAAAUCAAAAGGGGGUUAAUACCUGCUAUUAUUUCACAAUUUAUUGUGGCCGAAUUAGGACCUUUUAAAACCAGACAGUAUAUGUUAACGGGAGAAAGGAUUUCAGCGAAACAAGCACAGGAGGAUGGAUUUAUUAGUAUGUUGGCGGGUGAUGACAACGAAUUGAAUGAAAAGGUUGGAGAGUAUAUUAAAAUGUUGCUAAGCAGCGCACCUAAAGCCAUGGGGAAAAUUAAAAAAUUAGUCCAUGUCCUUAAUGAUACCGAGAUUCAUAAUAAAAAACGGAACUUUAUUAAAGAAAUGUUUUUAGAAAUGAUGAAUUCUGAAGAAGCUAUUUAUGGAAUUAAAACAUAUCGGAUGAAACAAAAACCUGACUGGUAUAAAUCAAAAUUGUAG